AUGCAAAGAAAUAAUUCCUCUCAAAGCAGAUACCUUACAACUCGUAUCGACAUCAAAAGAGUAAUAAAUGAAGAACUUGGAAAAAAUAAAAUUAUACCUAGAUCUGUAAAAACUUUUAGAGAUGAAUCGCGCAAUUAUUUAGCAAGCAAAGCUAUCGGCAAAGAACUCACCCCUCUACGUAGCCUAGGCGCAGAAGAAGUAAGAGAACUUUUGAGAAAUGAAAAGAAAAAGGAGCAGGAAAAAUUUACAUUAAAUAAAAAGACACGGGAUAUUUCCUAUUUUAAAGAUACCUUUUUCUUACAAGCUACCCCUUCAGAACCGAUUUUAUCUACGCACGAUCUUCCGACUGAUAUCAAUCAUAUAAAAAAGAUUUUAGUUACAAGCGAUUAUUAAUAUUAAGAUUAAGAUUAGCCGUUCGCACUUGCAGGGUCGGGGAUUUGCACCCCUUCACGCUCUUCGCCUAUGGUGAGGCCUCGGCGGACACCCUCCUUGUUGCCUCAAACAAGGGAUUCGCACAACGUGGGUUGUCUUUCCGAAAAUCCAUAAAAAAAAUUUACAAGCGAUUAUAAAGGCGUUCCUACAGCUUAUAGUCCAUCAGGGUUUUCAAAUCCUGUGCCUUGCAAGCGGGAGCAUUGCGUAGAGCGCGCAUUAGCAACUCACCAUAAUGCUGUUAGACCAAGCAAAGCAAAUAUUCUUCCUUCAAUUGCUGUUGAAACUGACAGAACUUAUGAAAAUCUGAUGAGCACAAUGACUCCUAAUCCUGGUGAUUCUCUUGAACGGCUUUAUUUACUCUCUCCCUUGGUUAGUUAGCAAAACCAUUGCAAAAAAAUCUCUAUUUUUUCAGAACAUUAACCUCACUUAGUUAACAAGUAAAUUUUUUUGAAUAUAAUUCUAUAUAAAAUCAAUGACUAUAAUAAUAAUAAUGAAAUCUUCAAUAAUUCUAUUUUAUUUUAGAAUGAUAAAUAAAAUUACAUUUUCUAUAAUGAUAUUUAGAAAUUCGGGUUUAUUAAAAUUGAGAGCAGCUUUUAUUUUAAAAAAAUAUUAGCCCGAGCAAAAAUUCUUUCCUGCUAACCAAGGUUGGAGCUAGGAAACCCAACAGGACGACAAGAUAUAGAAAAUCUGUGAAAAUGAUUCAGUUUUAUGAAAGCGAAAUAUGAUAGCGAGAAUAAUGCUGAAGCUAUUGAGGCAAUAUAUGAAAUUUGUAGUAGGGAAAUUAUAAGACAAGUUUCUGUUCAAUGUGUGGAAAGAGGAACCUUAUUGACUGAAGUCAUAAUGAGAUGGCCUCAAAUUGCUAACAAUAAAGUUGAGAAACUUUUAGAUGAAAUGACUCAGCUAAAAGUAAAGCAUUCGAUAGAACUGCAGGAUUUGGCUGCACAAAAAGAUAAAGAAAUGGCUUUAUUUAAAGUUUCUGUACAGGAAAUUAAAGAUCAAGCACAGCUAGAAAAAGAGCUCAGAAAAAGUGCAGAAGAAAAAUUAGCAAUAAUAAAAAAUAAAUUAGCUGGCGUUGAACGAAAGUAUGCAGCUGAAGAAGAAUUAUGGAAAAAAAUCAGCCUACAAAAACCUGUUUUAAAUCACAAAAAAAAUAUUGCGAAAAGUCCUCAGAAAGUGAGUAUGACUUCAGAAAUUAAAUGAAAGGAAGAAGAACGGCAAAUAGAAAACGUCAUAGAUAUUCAAGCAAUUGAGGCUUUAAAAGGAAUUAUGACAAAGCCUGAGCUUUUAGAAAUCAGCAAAAAGCAGCAAGAAGAAGAGGAAAAAUUCCAAGAAAAAAACGCUCAAACUGAUUAUAGUGAAAUGUUUUUAUUCGAAGAUAAAGAAACUCAAACAGAAGUUUUCGAAGAAGAAGCUUGGAAGAUUAUAAAAACUGCUGAAUUCCCUCCAGGCUAGCAAGCAACCAUGGAAAAAAUUUUUUUUUAGAAAAGCUAGCCUUGAAAAAAAAUUAAUGAAAUAUUUUUGAAAUAAUUUGAUACAUAAUUGAAUAAUAUUAUAAUUUUUUGGAAUUAUAUUUCUCAUUUCAAAUAUUUACAGAUAUGGUAAAAAAAAAACUUCUCCUAGAAGGAAAAAUAUCUUGCUCUAUAAUCAUGGGGGAAGUGAAGAAAGCAACUUGCCUACAGACAAUGCUGGAAUUUCAAUAGGCAUAGUAGAUGAAACCCCUAAAAUCCCUAAUUUGAAAGAGGCUAUUAAAGGGAUAGGAGAAAAUAAUAAAAAUUCUCUUGAUAGCGACAGGUCAGAAAAGUUCAUUACAGCUUUUACUAUCUCAAAUAUUGAAGAUUUUAGAGAAGAAAGAGAAAACUUACUCCCUUUAAACUUUGGGUACUUUAGCCCCCUUUAAAUUUGAACAGUUUUUUGUUGAAUAGGAAUAAUUUAUAGUUGAAAUUUAUUUUUAUAAAAUUAAUUUGAUGGAAAAAGGCUGUAAAAUAUUAUUUAAAAGCUUUCAACUAAAUCGAUUAAUUUUUGAAUCAAAAAAUUCAACAAUAUACCUUCAGAACAGGUAUGGCUCGACCUGAAACUCCCCCUCCCUCCUCCCCUCCGCCCACCUCACCCCACCCCCCUGACGGUUUCAGUUUGAACGAAAUUGUUAAUUUCAAAAUGACAAGUCCCUCACUAAGGUUUUGACAAGUCAAAUUCAAUUUGUAGAUUUCAAUAAAGCUGAAACCAUCAAGAGAUGGGGGGAGGGGAGAAGGGGUUUUCAGGCUGAUCUAAACCGUGCUCAUGGUAUAAUGCUUUCAAUUUAAAAUACUUUAAAAAAUAUAUUAAUCCAUUUAAAUUGGGACAGAAUGUUUUAUUCGAAUUUUAAGUGGGGAAAAUUAGAUAAAUCAAUUAAUGAAAGCCAAGAAAAUGAUGAAGAAAUAAGUGAAAUUAAAGAUGAAGUUAGCAUGAUGAGAAGCCAGAUAUCAAUGAAAUCCUCAGAAAGUAAUGUAAAUUCACCAAGAAACGACCAAUCUGCAUCAAAGAAAACUCCGAUAAAAAGUACUCAAGAGUCUAGGAAGCAAUCGCUCACUAAGCCUCACCAAAAAAUGAAAACAUUACAAAAAAAUCCACAAACCCCAGAAAAAGCCCAAACUCCAAGAAACUCUCAAAGUAAUGCAUCUUCAUUUAAAAAAUCUACUGGAAAGAGAUCAUCGGUUUCUUUCGUAGAUCAACUCGCUUCGCAUCUUCACUCAGUUGAUAAGCUUUCUCAAGAAGAAAGAUUAAUGUUCUUUGCCAAACUUUCCCCUGAAGACAAGCAAUAUUUCGUUAACAAAUUUUCACAAGAUGACAGACAAAUGAUGAUGGUGAAAGAAGCCUUGCUUAAAGAGAUCACUGAACAAUUCGAGCACAAAUCAAAAGAACUUGCCAGCUUACUCUCAGAUCUAGAAAAGAAAAAAGAUAUUUUAGAGCUACUAAAACUUGAAUUGUAUGCUAACUCCCCCCCCCCCUCCGUGAGCGAACAAAAAAUUUUGUUCGUUCACGGAGGGGGGUUAAUUUUUUUUUUUUUAAAAAAAAUUUAUAUAUAAAUUUUAUAAAAAAAUAUUUUUUUCGAAAUUUAAAAAAAUCCUAAUUUGCAAAAAUUGGGAAGCAAAUAUUAAUUUAAUUUGCAAAAUUUAUGUUUUAAAACGCAAUUUGUUUAAAAUUAAACAGAAUUAGCUCUAGAUUUCAUUAUACUAAUUAUCACUUAUAUAUCAAAAAUUUUUUUCCAUUAAAAUUUUUUCUAUUAAAAAAAUUUUUGUUCACUCACGGAGGGUGGGUUUUUGGUCAAAAAAUGGCGAUUUUUCUAAUGGUUUUGUUCGCUCACGGAGGGGGGGGGGGGGAGUAAGCAAAGUGAGCUUGAAAAUUUUCAGGAAUCCAUCAAACCCGAGCAUCGUGAGGAGCAUGAAAGAAGCGAAACAGUUCCGCCUAUCCGAGUUUCUCCUGCUAAUGAAUCCGAAAUAUCUAAAGAUCUUUUAGCUUAGUAACUUAUUAUUUAUUGUGUAAUAUGCUUUUCGGUUUCGCAUGAUAAAUAGCCCUAAGCCUAAGCCUAAGCCUACCUUUUUUAACUCCGAGCUGAUGUCGUCGUAGGUCGUCUCCUUCGCUGCCCUCUUUAUGAAAGCAUAAAGCUUUUCAUCAGUAAUUUCACCUGCCCAGCCACUUAUUCGCUCGGGGGCGCCUUGUUCUCGCUCCUGAAUUUGAUUCCUGUAUUGUUUUUCAUACGAUCACCCCUUCCUUGAGUGUGUUUCUCGGUAAAACUUCUAUGCCUGCUUCGUUCCUUGGCCAAGUUCACUUACCUUAUACUAUAAUCCACAUUUGGCAUUCUGGUUAAAGGUUAAACUAAUAAACAAACACCAAAUAAUAAAAUAUAAUAAAAUGAAAAAGUUCUAAAAAAUAACUUAUUCGACAAAGCCAUUUUAUUAUAAAGACCUUUUAGCGGUUAAAAAUUCUUCCCGAGAUAGAUCAGGCUCUUUUGACUCAAUCUCAAGCAACAAAGCUAUAUAUUUAAAAAUUCCAGACCAGCCAAGCAAGAACUUCCAGUUCGAAAGCAACCCAAACUCUUUUACUGAAUUAAUUCCUUCAGGCUCAGAUUUGGGGUCAUGAAAAGCUGGAUGGAGUAGUGGGUAUGAGAAAGGAAGAAGCGAAGGUAUAAAAAAUGGAGAAAAGCUCGGAUUCGAAGACGGAUAUACAGAGGGGUAUUUAAAAGCCAUUCAAGAAGCAAAAGGAAGCCAGCUGAGCUCUGAUACAUAUGCAGAAGAUAUUUGGCAAGAUGAAGAAAACAAAGAAGCGCAAGAAAAAAGCAUACAGCCUGCUGAGGAAAUCGAAGACCAAGACUCAGAGCUUGAUUUCGCUUGUGAAGGAAAAAGACUUCCUUUAGACUAUUUCUUUGUCGAGAAAAACAGAGACAAGAAAAAAAUCAAGGAAAUUACCAAGUUUAUGGAAUUCCAUUUCCAUAAGCCGUUGUAUCUUACCCAGCCAAAGAAGCCAAGUGUCGCUCCACAGUUGCUGAAUGCCCUAUUGACUAAAAAGACAUCUAUCAUAACCAAAAAGGCUACAAUGAGCAGAAGGAUGUGCAGCAGGCUAGCUUCUUCAAUUUAUCAGGAUUGCUACACAAAAUUCAAAAACGGUGAGCAGUUUCCAAGCUUAUUUGAAGUCACUUAUGACCAAUUUAUACAUAAAUAUGGACUAAAAACAGUAGCUGAGAAAAAACUAAUCGAAUUUAUAGCCUCACUAAUGAAAUAUUCAGAAUACGCCCGACCUUUGCUAUUUCUGAGAUUUGCAGGGGCUUCUUCCAAAAUUGAUAACCACGAUUACAGCAAGCUAAGCUUCUUAUUUUACCUGCAAAGCUUGAAUUUUAUGCUGAACGCCAAGAUUGGGAUAGUCGUCGGGUAUGAUGAUUCUGCAGAUCGACAAAUGUUUCCGACUGUAAGAGCUAUUGAGUGCUUAAGAGACAAAUUUGAUGGAAUUUUAGAGAGAAGCAUAAUUACAGCUUUAAUCUCAAUUGUAGAACAGCGAAGCAUUACUGAUCCUGAAAGGAUUUAAAUAAAAUGGCAUUCGGAUCGAGUGAAAAUGGCUUUGCUAAUUUUCUCUCCCUCAAGCAAUUUUAUUUAUGGGUUAGGUUUUAUUCUGAGAACUUCUGCAUAGCAACAGCAGUUUAACCCUGGCAUAUAAGCCGAGGCACUGCUCCGAGUACAUCAAGAUGCUCGAAGUAUUACCUCUCAGAACACCCGAGGAAGGUGACUCUUAGGCGGAACACGUGCAAAAGCUGAGUCAAGGAAGAGUGAGGUGAACGCAGCCCGUCGAAGCCGGAACAUCGUAUUUGUCCUAUGCCCUUGUGAAACGAAAUGGAUCGGUCCAGAGGUCCAUGGCCCGACACGUGGACAAAUAUUGCGACAGCUCCAGAAACGGCUACCCCGUAGUGGACGUAAAACGUAAUAGAUAAUAUAGCGAUAACGAUCCUAAAAGGAUUAAUUCCGCAGGGUUGGUGGAAUUGGAGUUUUUGCUUGAAUUAAUGGUGGAGAACUAUGAAAAUUACCAAAAUGCUAUUGGGGAGGGCAUAGUGUUUAUAAUUUCUGCUCUAGGAAUAGAAAGACAAGAAUUCAUCACAAAGCAAGAAUUUUAUAUUUUAACCCGUCAUGUGUCGCCAGGAAAGCUUCGGGACGACGAAAACACAACCAAAGAUUUUGUUCCAAGGCUAAAACUUCAUCCAGAGCUGAUAUCUAACCAAUUAGAUAAAAUGGAAAAAAUUAACUUCAGCGAUUUGAUCAGCAUAUGCAUUGAAAGAAAUUUAUUGUCUAUUACUGACGUCAAGAAUUUCUGUAAAUUUAACAAAGAAUUAACACUGGAUCAGGCUAAAGAAGAAAUGAAUAAAAGUAAAGACGAAAUUUUUGAAAUGCUGGAAGUGAUUAAAAAUUCGCCAGAAAAGAAAUGGAAAAGCUAUGAUGAUUAUAUUUUUGAAGAGAAGCUGCGUCAUCUAUUAAAUAUCAGACAUACAGAAAAGCCGAAUUACGUUCUUUUUAAUUGGAAGCUCCUUGAAGCAGAGUUAAGGAGAAUUAAAAAAGAUUAUGUGCAAGAAAACCAAAAUUAA